AUGGCGAUUUCUCCAUUUUUCUUCUUAUUCCCAUCACCAUCUUCCUUGUUCGUCACAGCCAUGUCCAUCUUAAAUUUGGUGUCUCUCAUCAUUGCAGGUUACAUGGAAAUGAAUGGCAAAAACAAGCAGUACGCCAAGUUUUUCGAUUCUGCAACUUCCUCCCACAAACCCAAAGACCACCAUAAGUUGGCCAGUAGAAAUGGAAUGCUUCUAUUCUAUACACCAUCAUUCAUCGUGAGUCUUGCUUCCUUCGCCAUUUUCCCCUUUCGAGAUGCUCGAUUUCUCAUGGUUGCUCGUCUUCUUACCCUCCAUUUCUUCAAAAGGAUCCUCGAGGUUCUGUUUGUUCACAAAUUUAGUGGUUUCAUGAUGCUUAAUGCUGCAAUAACCAUCGGGUUAAGCUACGCUGUGUCGACCGCUACGAUGAUUUACGCUCAAAGUUUAUCUCAAGGAUUUGCCGAGCCUUCUGUUGAUCUGAAAUACGUUGGUGUGGGCAUGUUCUUGGUUGGAUUAAGUGGGAACUUUUACCAUCAUUAUCUGCUAUCAAAUCUGAGGAAGAAGGGGGAGCGAGAGUAUAAGAUCCCGAAAGGAGGAUUAUUUGAUGUGGUAAUAUGCCCACAUUAUUUGUUUGAGAUAAUAGGGUUCAUUGGAGUCGCUUGCGUUUCUCAAACACCAUUUGCGUUUUCUUUCGCUCUUGGCACAACAUUCCUGUUGAUGGGGCGAAGCCAUGCCACACGAAAUUGGUACAUUUCCAAGUUUGGUCAAGAGUUUCACAAGGAUAUCAAGGCUAUAAUCCCGUACCUUUUUUAGAUAUAGAGAGAGAGAAUUGGGAUCACGUGAGAUUAGACUGUUUUGUGAUAUCUGUGAGACCACAUU